CCUGUCAGGAGACUCAGCCCACAUAACGACAGACAGAAGCCUCAGCUGGAGGUGGAGGACGACACAAUCUGAGGGAAGUUUUCCUGCAACGCAAGUAUCACUGGAUCCAGUCUGAUCUGCGCCGAGACCAGCUGCACGAUAAACUACACUUCUUAACAACAUUCUAAACAUUGAGAGAGUGAAACAGCAAUAAAACCACGCACAAAAAGAGGCUGGCAUCAGAUCGAAUCAGCGAUGGUUUUGAAAAAGCUUUUGCGUUUCGGGAAGCAGCUGCUGAGGGUGAAGGUUGUCAAUUGCAACUCGGAGGAAUCGCGUCUCUCCCGAUGCCUGAACACUUUUGACCUGGUGGCUCUUGGUGUGGGAAGCACUUUGGGAGCUGGGGUGUAUGUCCUCGCCGGAGCUGUGGCAAGGGAAAACUCCGGACCGGCCAUUGUUUUGUCGUUCCUCAUCGCGGCCAUGGCCUCAGUGCUCGCGGGCCUCUGUUAUGCAGAGUUUGGGGCGAGAGUGCCGAAAACGGGCUCAGCGUACCUGUACAGCUACGUGACUGUAGGAGAACUAUGGGCCUUUAUAACUGGCUGGAACCUUAUACUUUCAUAUGUAAUAGGAACCUCAAGCGUUGCCCGAGCUUGGAGUGCCACAUUUGAUGAGCUGAUUGGAAAACAUAUUGAGCAUUUCUGUCGUCAGCACAUGUCCAUGAACGCUCCGGGCAUUCUGGCGGAGUACCCAGAUAUAUUUGCUGUAUUCAUCAUCCUCACUCUUACAGGCCUGCUGGCCUUCGGGGUGAAGGAGUCAGCCAUGGUCAAUAAAGUGUUCACCUGCAUCAACAUUCUGGUGCUCCUGUUCAUGGUCAUAUCUGGCCUGGUCAAAGGUACGCUGAAGAACUGGCACCUCGACCCUGAUGAGAUUCUCAACGGAACCAGUUCCACCCUUAAUUCCACACAGCCCCUGCCUUCGAGAGAGAUUCUGGGUGAAGGUGGGUUCAUGCCUUUUGGCUUCACAGGGGUCUUAUCAGGGGCGGCUACCUGCUUCUACGCCUUCGUUGGGUUCGACUGCAUUGCCACCACAGGUGAAGAAGUGAAGAACCCCCAGAGAGCCAUUCCCAUCGGGAUCGUCUCCUCCCUCCUUAUCUGCUUUGUGGCAUACUUUGGUGUAUCGGCUGCCCUCACCAUGAUGAUGCCAUAUUACAUGCUGGAUAAAAACAGCCCUCUUCCUGCAGCCUUUAAGUACGUUGGCUGGGAAGGAGCCACGUACGCUGUGGCGGUAGGCUCCCUCUGCGCCCUGUCCACCAGCCUGCUUGGCGCCAUGUUCCCCAUGCCCCGUGUCAUCUGGGCCAUGGCUGACGAUGGCCUGCUCUUCAAAUUCAUGGCUGGGAUCAGCGAGAGAACAAAAACACCCUUAUCUGCCACUAUAACAGCAGGCUUUGUCGCAGCUAUCAUGGCUUUCCUGUUUGACCUGAAGGACUUGGUUGAUCUGAUGUCUAUAGGAACUCUUUUGGCCUACACCCUGGUCGCCGCCUGUGUUUUAGUACUCAGGUACCAGCCCGAACAGUUUUCUCAGAUAUAUCACUUAGCAAACACACAGGACGAAAUGGAAAUGAGUGAGACCAUAAGUACGCCUAGCAUGGGGAUUCUUCCUGGCAUAGAAGAGCGAUUCAGCUUCAGAACAAUGCUCUUCCCCCACAUCACUGAACCCUCCAACAUGUCAGGCUUCAUCGUUAACAUCUGCACAAGUCUGCUUGGUAUGCUGAUCCUUAGCUUCAGUCUGUUGGCUGUCCUGGGCGGAACUGCAGUGUGGAAUAUUGUCACUCUCAGUGUCCUGGUCAGCCUGUGCGUCAUUAUCACGUUUAUCAUCUGGAGACAACCUGAGAGUAAAACCAAGCUCUCUUUUAAGGUUCCUUUGCUUCCAUUUCUCCCGGUGGUUAGCAUGUUUGUCAAUGUGUACCUGAUGAUGCAGCUGGACAGGGGAACCUGGAUACGAUUCGCCAUCUGGAUGUCUAUAGGACUCGUAAUCUACUUUGGCUAUGGAAUCUGGCACAGUACUGAAGCUGCACUGGCCCAUUCCAGUAUGGACGAGGAACUGAGUGUGUACAAACCAGCCUGCGGUCUAAACAGGGACAGUGUGACCCCGGAGAAGGAGGCUUUUCUCUGUAAUGGCCAUGGAUCACGGGUUGAUGAGGACGGAGAUCUCUAAUGUGGAACAGUGUUACGUAUUUACUCGAACUUUACAUUAAAUCACACCGCUGAGAGGUUGUGAGGAGCACAGGCCGUUGGAAUCUAAUCAGAUGGAGCUCUUGGACCGAUUUAACGAUGUCACUUCCUUGUCUAAGGGCUCUGUUAGGUGCACACUACAUGGGUGAAAGUAUUUGAGUAUUCUCACAACUCUCAAGUUUUUUUUUUUUCCUACUUAAGAAAUCUCGAAGUAACCCAAACAGGCACAGGACCUUUUAUUGAGUGGCUUUAGAGAGAAAAAGAUGUGAGCUGCAGUAUUUGAUGUUGACGGCUGCUUUUGUUAAUUGAUCUAAUUGAACUUGUGCCUUUUGUCUUACUAUUGUAAUUCAAGCUAAAUCAGAGUUGCUCUUUCUGAAUGUUAGAUGUCAUUGUUUUAUGUAUCUGAACGUGGCCUUACAACAGAUGAGAGGAAGAAAUCAAAUCA